GCAGCCGGGAAGCCAGCGAGGUCGGUUCCGCCCGACUCUAACAUGGCGGCGCCCUUUGUCUGCUCUGAAGUGCCGUCCCUGGCCUUCUCGCGGCCGUGAUGCACCUCCUUCUGUGGUGGGGUCCGGGACAUGGCAGCCAUGGAUUUCCCCCAGCACAGCCAGCAUGUCCUGGAGCAGCUGAACCAGCAGCGGCAGCUCGGGCUUCUGUGUGACUGCACCUUCGUGGUGGACGGCGUUGACUUUAAGGCGCAUAAGGCAGUGCUGGCAGCCUGCAGCGAGUACUUCAAGAUGCUGUUCGUGGACCAGAAGGACGUGGUGCACCUGGACAUCAGUAACGCGGCAGGCCUGGGGCAGGUGCUGGAGUUCAUGUACACAGCCAAGCUGAGCCUGAGCCCUGAGAACGUGGACGAUGUGUUGGCCGUGGCCAGCUUCCUCCAGAUGCAGGACGUCAUCACAGCCUGCCAUGCCCUCAAGUCACUCGCUGAGCCGGCCACCAGCGCUGGGGAAAAUACAGAGGCCUUGACCAUGGAAGGGGUGGACAAGAGAGCCAGAGAGGAGAAGGCUGCCGCGCCCGUGCUGAGCAGGCUGGACCACGCAGGAAGCAGUCCACCCGCAGGCCCUGGACGGGAGCCCAAAGAGGAGCGGGGCGGCCAGGCCGGGAGUGCUGCCAGUGGCGCAGAGCAGACGGAGAAGGCUGACGCCCCUCGGGAGCCUCUGCCUGUGGAGCUCAAGCCAGACCCCACGAGUGGCAUGGCCGCUGCGGAGGCCGAGGCCGCCUUGUCAGAGAGCUCGGAGCAAGAAAUGGAGGUGGAGCCGGCCAGCAAGGGGGAAGAGGAGCGGGAGCAGGAGGAGGGCGCAGGGCCCGAGGUCAAGGAGGAGGGGCCUCAGCUGGAGAACGGAGACACCCCCGAGGAGAACGAGGAGUCUGCGGGCACUGACUCUGGGCAGGAGCUCAGCUCAGAGGCCCGGAGCCUGCGCUCCGGCACCUAUGGGGACCGCACCGAGUCCAAGGCCUACGGCUCCGUCAUCCACAAGUGCGAGGACUGCGGGAAGGAGUUCACGCACACGGGGAACUUCAAGCGGCACAUCCGCAUCCACACGGGCGAGAAGCCGUUCUCGUGCAGGGAGUGCAGCAAGGCCUUCUCCGACCCCGCCGCGUGCAAGGCGCACGAGAAGACACACAGCCCCUUGAAGCCCUACGGCUGCGAGGAGUGUGGCAAGAGCUACCGGCUCAUCAGCCUGCUGAACCUGCACAAGAAGCGGCACUCGGGCGAGGCGCGCUACCGCUGCGAGGACUGCGGCAAGCUCUUCACCACCUCCGGCAACCUCAAGCGGCACCAGCUGGUGCACAGUGGGGAGAAGCCCUACCAGUGCGACUACUGUGGCCGCUCCUUCUCCGACCCCACGUCCAAGAUGCGCCACCUGGAGACCCACGACACCGACAAGGAGCACAAGUGCCCUCACUGCGACAAGAAGUUCAACCAGGUGGGGAACCUGAAGGCGCAUCUGAAGAUCCACAUCGCCGACGGGCCUCUCAAGUGUCGCGAGUGUGGGAAGCAGUUCACCACCUCAGGGAACCUCAAGCGGCACCUUCGGAUCCACAGCGGGGAGAAGCCCUACGUGUGCAUCCACUGCCAGCGACAGUUUGCUGACCCCGGGGCUCUGCAGCGGCACGUCCGCAUCCACACUGGCGAGAAGCCAUGCCAGUGUGUGAUGUGCGGCAAGGCCUUCACCCAGGCCAGCUCCCUCAUCGCCCACGUGCGACAGCACACUGGGGAGAAGCCCUACGUCUGCGAGCGCUGCGGCAAGAGAUUUGUCCAGUCCAGCCAGUUGGCCAAUCACAUCCGCCACCAUGACAACAUCCGCCCACACAAGUGCAGCGUGUGCAGCAAGGCCUUCGUCAACGUGGGAGACCUGUCCAAGCACAUCAUCAUCCACACUGGAGAGAAGCCUUACCUGUGUGACAAGUGUGGCCGCGGCUUCAACCGGGUGGACAACCUACGCUCCCAUGUGAAGACCGUGCACCAGGGCAAGGCUGGCAUCAAAAUCCUGGAGCCAGAGGAGGGUGGCGAGGUCAGCGUGGUCACUGUGGACGACAUGGUCACACUGGCCACUGAGGCACUGGCAGCGACGGCCGUCACCCAGCUCACAGUGGUUCCAGUGGGGGCUGCGGUGACAGCUGAUGAGACGGAGGUUCUCAAAGCCGAGAUCAGCAAAGCCGUGAAGCAAGUGCAGGAGGAAGACCCCAACACCCACAUCCUCUACGCCUGCGACUCCUGUGGGGACAAGUUCCUGGACGCCAACAGCCUGGCCCAGCACGUCCGGAUCCACACCGCCCAGGCACUGGUCAUGUUCCAGACCGAUGCGGACUUCUACCAGCAGUACGGGCCAGGCACCACGUGGCCAGCGGGGCAGGUGCUGCAGGCCGGGGAGCUGGUCUUCCGCCCUCGGGACGGGGCCGAAGGCCAGCCCGCAAUGGCAGAGACCCCACCCACAGCUGCUGAAUGCCCACCGCCUGCUGAGUGAGCAGGCGGCCCCCUCUUGACUGUUUAUUUAAGGACGGAUGGCACCCUAGAACUGCAGAGUGGCCAUUCCCUAGAGAGAAUAAACUUGAUUAUUUUCUAAUGCUGCCUGUAGGUCCUGUGGGGCGGGUGGGGUGCUGGCAGCUGUGGCUGAUGCACGAGGGGGCUGCACCGUCCAGGGACCAGCACUCCUGUGCAGUGGAGCCAGGAUCCGUCCAUCCCCAAACCGACCACGUUGUCCAGAGUGGGUACGAGCGGCACGCUGCGCCCUGACCCGCUUCCGCGCAUCUGUGCUGUCUCCCCAGCGAGCACCACCGUCACCCUGCUCCCCUCCGCCCAGGGGGUGGCCAGCUGGGCAAGGGGGCCGUGGGGAGGACCACAACUGCUCACGGAGAGCCAUGCAGCCCAGGACAGCCCAGGGCCUCGAUGGCUUUGCCCCUGUGACCAUGUCUGUCGGGCCUGGCCCUGGGGUCUUUUCAGCCAGGUAGCAGAAGAGCCUCCGGGAGUGAACCCGGGGCCCGCCCUCCCCUGACCACAGCCCCUGCCUCCAGACCCCACACCCUCCACUCCUGGUUUUCUUCUGUAUCAAAAGCUGAAGUGCCUGCCACACCACCGGGGAACUAUUUGGGGCCUGGAGGCUUCAGAAGUGUCUGUCUACACCACAACCUUGAAAACCUUGUUCAAGUCCAGCAUGGGGACAAGGCAGCCAGGGCUGGAGGAGCAUGCCAGGCUCUGUGCUUGCUCAGAGCACUGAGGCCAGGCCAGAGCCAUCCUUCGGGAACGUUCGCCUGCCUGAAUCAGUGGCGCCUCCACCUGAGGGACAGGAGGGGGCCGUGGGAGCACAGCUAGCAGGGCUGCCUUGCUUCCUCCCGGCUCCCCACGGCCACAAGCCUACCUUCUUGCACAAGCCCACAGGCCUGUUGGUGGUCCCACUGAUACUGAGAAGACACCAAGUCUAUAGUCCCCAUAGCCCUGUCCAAUUCCAUAGCUGCAGGGGUCCUGACCACUGCCUCCUGCCCUUGUGUCUGGAAGCAGGCCAGAAUUAACCAAGUUCCAGGGAGAAGCAGCGGGUCAGGCUCCGCCCCAUCCCACCACACUGAGAAGGGAAGGGGCGGGCGGGAGAAGAGGCCUUGCUUCAGGUGCUUCCGGGCAGUUUCGCCCUGGAUCAGCAUCUGAAGUGCCUUCUGCAUCGCUGGGAACCACACAGAACCCUGGAGCCUCAGGUGUCUUCUGCCACAGUACUGGUGAUGAAGUGCUCACCGGGGAGCACUGCGGACAGAAAGGAGAGGCCCUCUAGACUUUGGGUGGGCAAAAGCAAAGCCAGGGCAAGGGCUAGCUGUUCCCAUAGCCAAGGACCCUUGGUUCCCUGACCCCAGCGACAAUCACAUUCACACUUGAGGUGUUUUGUAUUUUUUAAUAAAGUCUGUAAUCCAAUGGACACACAAAACAA